GACCAAUACCCAUCCAUACCCACCCACGCUCAUACUCAUACUCACACUCACACUCAUACCCGCCCCAGUCAUCAUUUUCGCGAUUCGCGACUUAAAGUGUUAAGUGAAACCCAAGACGCGGUUCAGUCUCGGUGGCAAUCAUCUCAUUGGUUUGUCACAAAUCAGUCAAUAAUCUUGGACUCACAGUAAUUCACAAUCAUUCCCACUCAUUGGACCGUUCAUUGAAUAAGUUUCUCCUCGAGUACCUUUUCUUCCUAGGUUCUUUCGUUGGCAUCCACGUAGCUUGCUUCCGCUACACAUUUUGGUUCAAGUGGGUGGUGGGGUUUUGAAAGACAUUCAUCCCGCGUUCGUCCAUUUUGAACGUCGUUCUUCUCACUCUAAAAGUCAUGGCUAUACAGAUGUCACAGAUGGACCCGCUGCCCCGCGACCUACCUUUUCGAAUCAUUUCGAAAACAAUAGGUCGCGGUGCCUAUGCAUCAAUCAAGAAGGCCAUCCCUCCAACUGAUUCCACUCCAGUUUUCGCAGUCAAAUUCAUACACAAAGCUUACGCAGUCAAACAUGGCCGGAUUUCUUCGAAGCAAAUCGCAAUGGAGGUUUCCUUGCAUUCCCAUAUUGGACGACAUCCAAAUAUCAUAGAGUGGUUUGCGACGGGCGAAGAUGCUGUGUGGAAGUGGAUUGCUAUGGAGUAUGCAGAAGGAGGAGACUUGUUCGAUAAAAUCGAAGCAGAUGUCGGAGUCAAAGAGGAUAUUGCACAUUUCUACUUUACACAAUUGAUUGGGGGAGUAAAUUAUAUGCAUCAGAAAGGUGUGGGGCAUCGAGAUAUCAAGCCUGAGAAUAUAUUACUAUCGAGUAGUGGCGAUUUGAAGAUUGCGGAUUUUGGAUUGGCAACACUGUUUGAAUAUAAUGGAGCGAGAAAGCUCAGUACGACGAUGUGCGGUAGUCCUCCAUACAUUGCGCCGGAAGUCAUCUCUUGCUCAAGGAGUACUCAAACCAAGGUGAAGGGUGCCGGAUACGCUGCAAAUAUGGUGGAUAUUUGGUCAUGCGGGGUCGUCUUAUUUGUGCUCUUGGUGGGAAAUACACCUUGGGACCAACCUACAUCUGAAAGCUGGGAAUUCGAUGAAUACGUAAAAUCCAAUGGGCGAAGUUCAGAUGAAUUAUGGAAAAGAUUGCCGGCUUCAGUUCUAUCAUUACUAAGAGGCAUGAUGAAUGUGGAUGUAUCCAAACGCUUUAACUUUGAACAUAUCAAACGACAUCCAUGGUAUACGCGCAAGAAUCCACUUCUCACCACAGAUGGCAAGAUGAGCGAUCCAUUAGGUCUUGCUACACAGAUGUUAGCCAAUCUUCGUAUCGACUUCAAGCAAAAGCCAAGUGCAUCACAGCUUAGUCAAGACGCAAUGCAACUCGAUAGUCAUAACUUUGCAUUUACGCAACCAGAAGCUCCAGUCAUGGAUAUGCAAUUUGACUGGGAACGACCACCCCGUGUAUUACCCACAUCUCAACCCGCCGAGACCACCUGUAAUUUUCAACUGCCAUCACCAGUGGCAUCGAAUCAUGGAGAUUCCACGCUCGCGGAUGAGCCUUCCAUGUCUCAAUUCUCAUCCAAUCCUGCUGUCUCCCUUCGUCUCACACAACAUGCUCGUCAAUUUCAAGAUAUUCUCCCGAAUUACUCGCUUACGCGAUUCUUUUCCCAUCUCCCCGUUCCUCAAUUGCUCACCCUUUUGUCUGAAUCUUUGCAUGCGAUGAAUAUACCAGUACCACCCUUGGCACAAUUGCAAAAUAGUCAAUUGCAUGCAGCUUGGAUCAAGGUACGAGCGAUAGAUAGUAGAAGAUGCGGGAUGAACGGAGAAAUCGUCUUGGAUUCUUAUGAGACAGAAGAAGUUGAGUUGGUGGAGGUGAGAUUUGUGAAGGUUAAGGGAGAUCCGUUGGAGUGGAGACGGUUUUUUAAGAGAGUGGUGGUGGCGUGUAAGGAGGGGGUUUACGUACCGGAUGUUGAAGAGGUAUAGGGAAUGAAGUUUAAGGUGGGAAGGGGAUCUGGAGUAUGGUUGGAUGACUGGACGACUGGAUGGCUGGGUAGGUUGGAUAGGCAUUGGAGGAACUCAUGAGCUAUGAUAUGAUAUCUGGAUUAUAGGAUUGGAGAAGCUGAUUAAGGCAGGGAUUUGGAUAACCUGAUAGUGGGUUAGGAAAGGAAAGGAACACAGACCACGCAUGAUAUCCCAUUUGAAUCGAAGCGAAACGAUGAUGACUUUACGUAGGUAGGUUACUUAAAUAAAUAGAUUCUUAGUAGAUAUUUUUUUCUAAAAAGUAAUUAAUGUUAAUGUUUUGUUUUGUUUUGUUUUCGAUACACUUUUAUUUUUACUUUUGCUCGGCUUGAAAAUUGAUAUUGUGGAAGGUUAUAAUUUAUUGAGUGCUUUUUA